ACAGCAUAGUGUGAAGCCCUAGAACUGCGAUUCCUGGAACGUCAGGUGUUUCCCGGGAUGCUUUGCAAAAGCAUGGCGGGCAAGAUGUGAAUGUCAGUAGGAAGGUAAAUAGGGCAUUUUAAUUCAAGAGAAAAAAAGAAAAGUGCCUAACUUCUCUUGUAGAUCAUUCAUCUUGAUAUCCGUCUAACACAGUGUGUAAUGUGAAUUUAGUUGGUUUCAUGUCUUGUCCGCCUGAAAGUGUGUAUUACGAAGCUUUAGAAGUUGCAGUCCCGAAGCCUCUCAGUUUUUGUGAACAUGAUUUGUGCUCUUCUACGAGUUCUACAGCAUGCGGAGAAGCUGCACGGGUCCUUGGGCAAGCAGUUGUUGUUGCCACACUUUGUGCUCACCAAAGCUUGCUUUAAAACUCAGCCUUUGAAAUGGGGGCUGCGAGAGCAGAAGAAAACAGUGCAACCUAGAACAGUUCUUGGGGUCACCCAGAAAACCUUCUGGACACAAGGAUCGGACCCCCGGAAAGCAGAGGAGGACAGUAACAAGCAAGUAUCUAUUCGCAGGAAUCAAAAAGAGGAAACCGGCAUCUCAACGUCUCAAAAAGUGAAAGAAGCUGGGAGAGACGUCACCUACUUGAUAGUGGUGCUCCUUGGAGUCAGCAUUACAGGCGGCUUGUUAUACACGAUCUUCAAAGAACUGUUUUCAUCAUCCAGUCCUAAUAUCAUAUAUGGGAAAGCCUUAGGAAAAUGCAGAACACACCCUGAGGUGCUUGGUGUCUUUGGUGAGCCUGUGAAAGGCUAUGGGGAAACGUCGAGACGUGGGAGGAGACAGCAUGUCAGUUUUGUUGAAUAUAUAAACAAUGGACUAAAGCGCAUCCGAGUGAAAUUCUACAUUCAGGGCUCUGAACCAGGGAAGGAAGGAACGGUGCAUGCAGAAGUGGAAGAGAACCCAGGGAGCGGCAAGUUUGAAUUUCGAUUCAUAAUUGUGGAAGUGACUCCUACAAGAUCUAUUAUUGUUGAAGAUAACCGUUCCCAACAAAGUUAAAAGCCUCAAGCCAGCUUGCUACUUCCUGCCAAGAAUGAAGGGAUCCAUUCUCACUGUGUGUGAGUGUUCAUGAGUUUGGACAAAGUGAGAUCUUUCUUGUGAAAAAUCAUGAGAUGUAGCAAAUUUUACUUUAUUGUUGAAUUGCCAAUCGUGACAAAAUUCCAGCUCAACAUUCAUGAUAACCUUUCAUUACUAAAACUUAUAUACCAUAUAAGUAAAAACUUCAGUAUUUUAUGCAGUUUAAUAUUGUGUGGCUUUUAUACAAUCUACAGAAUAAAAAUAAACCGAACAAAUAAACCUAUCAAAAAGA